ACAGUCGAAAUUACAAAACGAUGUUCCAAUAUGAGGAAUUUCAAAUCAUAAUUUGGAAUUACUUUUCUAUGACUCACACGAGCUAAAUGGGCGUGGAGCGGCCAAUGAUUAUCUCAACCUGCCAAUCUUUACUUCCUUGUUCGAUGUGGUUUCGGAUAUGAUAUCUUUCUCAGAGAUUGUAGUUACAGAUUUCCGUGUUUACAUGCCUGCUUAGAAAGGAAACAGCUCCCAAUUCCUCAACAUGGGGAACUGCUGCCGCAGUAAUCCGUCAAAUGGGAGGAAAUACAAGCCACAAAAUGUCCACACAGACCGGGCCCGUGUUCCGAACUCCGGCCAUCAUCUUCAACAACACGACCAACAACCUCCCCAGCAGCCGCAGCUGCCGCAUGGCGGAGUUGUCAGCGAUGCGGUGUCUCGACAGCCCGUGCCCUCGCAAUCUGGUGGCACAAACUUCAGACUAUACAUAGCCCUGUUUGACUAUGAUGCUAGAACCAAUGAAGAUUUAAGUUUUAGGAAAGGAGAAGAGCUUGAAGUACAAAACGAUAGUGGGGACUGGUGGCUGGCUCGGUCGAGAACCACACAGAACGAGGGAUACAUUCCUUGCAAUUAUGUGGCUAAAGUGCAAUCGUUGGAAUCAGAGCCGUGGUACUUUCAAAAUAUAAAGCGAGUUGAUGCAGAGAAGAAGUUACUCCUACCACAAAAUGAGCACGGAUCCUUCCUGAUCCGAGAAAGUGAAAGCAGACGAGGAGAUUUCUCGUUGUCAUUACGAGAUGGUGACACCGUUAAACACUACAGAAUAAGACAGCUGGACCAGGGCGGUUACUUUAUUGCUAGACGCUCAACAUUCAACACACUGUCGGACCUUUGCAAGCACUACACAGUGGAAGCGGAUGGACUGUGUGUUAAUCUCCGCAAACCCUGCGUCUUGGUGGAGAAGCCACAGACGGUGGGUCUUUCCUACAACACGGCCGACCAGUGGGAGAUUCCAAGAAGCUCCUUACAGAUGGUCAAGAGACUAGGUGGUGGUCAGUUUGGUGAAGUGUGGGAAGGAUUAUGGAACAAUACCACCCCAGUAGCAAUCAAGACGCUCAAACCAGGUACUAUGAACAAAGAAGACUUCUUGAAGGAAGCCCAGAUCAUGAAGAAGCUGAGACAUCCCAAACUGAUUCAGCUUUAUGCCGUCUGCACGGUGGAGGAACCAAUGUACAUCGUUACAGAACUCAUGAUCAAUGGAGCCCUGCUGGACUAUUUGCAGACACCUAAGGGUCGGUUGAUGAAAUUACCAGAGCUGAUCGACAUGGCAGCUCAGGUAGCGGCUGGCAUGGCCUACCUGGAGAAGCAGAGUUACAUCCACAGGGAUCUAGCCGCCAGGAACGUCCUAGUAGGAGAGAGUAACAUCUGCAAAGUCGCUGACUUUGGACUCGCUAGAAUUAUUAAAGAUGACAUUUAUGAGUCGAGAGUAGGUGCCAAGUUUCCCAUUAAGUGGACGGCGCCAGAGGCAGCCAACUACCUCGCAUUCACCAUCAAAUCAGACGUCUGGUCCUUUGGAAUUCUACUAACGGAAAUUGUCACGUAUGGAAGGAUACCUUACGCAGGCUACACGAACAAGCAAGUACUUGACAUGGUGGAGAGUGGCUACCGCAUGCCGAGUCCGCCAGGUUGCCCCCCGGAGCUCUACGAGAUCAUGCUAGAGUGCUGGAAAUCCACCCCGCUAGACAGACCAACAUUUGAAACACUCCAAUGGAAACUAGAAGAGUUCUUCGUCAACACCGGCGACCAGUACAGGGAACCAUCGAACAUCAUCUGAUCAUUUCCACUCGAGGUAGCUUCUUUUAUUUGUGAUGUUGUUGUGGGGGGCUGGAUGAAUAUCAGAUAUAAAAGUUUUUUUAAAGUGAAUGUGAAUCUUUUUAAACUGUUGCGCACUGACAAUGACGAGUGAUUUUUAAACUGGGUCUAUGAAAUCACAAAAAGUGUAUUUACGUCCCGUUCGAGGGAAGCCACAAUAUUGGUUGAGAGAUUGAGUCCGUUGUUCUUAUUGGCUCUGCUAUGACGUCAUCAUCAUGUUGGUUUGAAGGCCGUUGUCCAGUCUGAUCUGGGUUGGCCAAAAUUCCUAAACCCCGUCAGAAGACCUAAAGAACUUGCGCUCACCACACACACACAUGCACAGUUCCACUGUUGGACCUCAACGAUGGUAGCCACUGUGAGGGGUCUAUUCUUAAGUAAAUAAGUUUGGUAGGAUUUGAAACUUUGCAUGGUGGAAAUACAAUAUGGAAAGGCUUGCGGUAACACCAUGUAAUGACUAUCUCUAAUGAGUUGGGGUGGUUCUGAAAAGAACCGUUGGUUUCAACUCUAAAUAAGUUUUGUGUUGACACCAUACUAAGAAAUCUCUUUUUGUGAGUAGUGGUGGUUCUGAGAAGAGCCGGUUUCUGGCUCGACAUUUCGAUCAGUGUAUUCUGACAAACUUCUAAAGUAUACACAGUACCAAUGUAUAAAAAUGUAUUAAACAAAAAAAAUGUACCACAGCUUCACAUGACAAUUUUCUGUGUAAUCUAAUCGGCAACAGGGCCCACUUUGUUAAAAGCCGGUUUAGGUGCGAACAAUUUCCUUCUCACCGAAACAUUCUGCUUACAAAAGCAAUGGGUCGCCAGCUUGAAAUUCCAUGUCGUGUACAUAAUGGUGACUGGCCCAUCCAUUUUGAUUUGCUUACAUGAGAUUUGAGUUGAUCAAGUUGGUAAGCGAUAAUUUGUACUCUAAGGAAAUUGAACCCUGGGCCGCUUUUGUAAAGAUGCUCAGCGCACACACAACACACUGCUUAGCGAAAACGGCGUACCAGCCAAAAUGCCAUAUCAUUCACAUUGUUGCAACUGGUAGUAGCCUCCCUAUUAUUGUGCCUCAAAUAAGACUUUUAUGCUUAAAACAGCUUUAUAAAAUGUUGCACCUUUAAAGCAUGUGGCCAACAUAAACACUUGCUUUACCAACUGUAUUGGAAGUACACUGUACAUGCUAUAUGACCUUAAGCUUAUUAGAAGUGUAUCUCAUCCAGCCUGUAAAGUGUAAGCACAAAAAAGACACUAAGCACAGAUGUACAGUAUCUCACUAUUGGCUUACGGACUCUACCAAAACUUUUAAUGCAAUUUGUAACUCAUCAAGCCUGUACAGUGUAAGCACAAAAAAGACACUAAGCACAGACACUGACAGAUGUACAGUAUCUCACUAUUGGCUUGCGAACUCUACCAAAACUUUCAACGCAAUAUGUAACAAACAGUUGGCGUCAAUUAGAUGACAGCAUGCAUCUAUCACCAACUGCAUGGUUAUCAAUUCAAGCAUUUGGAACACACUCACAUUAACAUUGAAUUAAAUUUGGGUUAUCAAAGCGAACAAACUUGAAAAUAUAGACGAUGUGACCUCUGACGUCACACGAAAACCAUUACAUGAUUCGCGCGCAUACCGCCGGGCAAAA